AUGGCCAGCACCAGGAGUAUUGAGCUGGAGCACUUUGAGGAACGGGACAAAAGGCCGCGGCCGGGGUCGCGGCGAGGGGCGCCCGGCUCCUCCGGGGGCAGCAGCAGCUCGGGCCCCAAGGGAAACGGGCUCAUCCCCAGCCCAGCGCACAGUGCCCACUGCAGCUUCUACCGCACGCGGACCCUGCAGGCCCUGAGCUCGGAGAAGAAGGCCAAGAAGGCGCGCUUCUACCGGAAUGGGGACCGCUACUUCAAGGGCCUGGUGUUUGCCAUCUCCAGCGACCGCUUCCGGUCCUUCGACGCGCUGCUCAUGGAGCUCACUCGCUCGCUGUCGGACAACGUGAACCUGCCCCAGGGCGUUCGUACCAUCUACACCAUCGACGGCAGCAGGAAGGUCACCAGCCUGGACGAGCUGCUGGAAGGUGAGAGUUACGUGUGUGCAUCGAACGAACCAUUUCGUAAAGUUGAUUACACCAAAAAUAUUAAUCCGAACUGGUCUGUAAACAUCAAGGGUGGGACAACCCGAGCCUUGGCUGCUCCCUCCUCUGUGAAAAGUGAAGUGAAGGAAAGUAAAGAUUUCAUCAAACCCAAAUUAGUGACCGUGAUUCGAAGUGGAGUGAAGCCUAGAAAAGCCGUGCGGAUCCUUCUAAAUAAGAAGACUGCUCAUUCCUUUGAACAGGUCUUAACAGAUAUCACCGAAGCCAUUAAACUAGACUCAGGAGUGGUCAAGAGGCUCUGCACACUGGAUGGAAAGCAGGUUACUUGUCUACAAGACUUUUUUGGUGAUGACGAUGUUUUUAUUGCAUGUGGACCUGAAAAAUUCCGUUAUGCCCAAGAUGACUUUGUCCUGGAUCACAGUGAAUGCCGUGUCUUGAAGUCAUCUUAUUCUCGCUCCUCAGCUGUUAAGUACUCUGGAUCCAAAAGCCCUGGGCCGUCUCGACGCAGCAAAUCACCAGCUUCAGUAAAGAGGGGUGGCCACUACUCCAGUGUCUAUUCUACAACCAAAUCCCCAGUUAAUGGAACUCCUAGCAGCCAGCUUUCUACUCCUAAAUCUACGAAAUCCUCCAGUUCCUCUCCAACUAGCCCAGGAAGUUUCAGAGGAUCAAAGCAGAUUUCUGCACAGGGCAGAUCUUCUUCCAAUGUAAAUGGUGGACCUGAACUUGAUCGUUGCAUGAGUCCUGAAGGUGUGAAUGGAAACAGGUGCUCUGAAUCAUCAACUCUUCUUGAGAAAUACAAAAUUGGGAAGGUUAUUGGUGAUGGCAAUUUUGCCGUAGUCAAAGAGUGCAUGGACAGGUCCACUGGAAAGGAGUUUGCCCUAAAGAUUAUAGACAAAGCCAAAUGUUGUGGAAAGGAGCACCUGAUUGAGAAUGAAGUGUCAAUACUGCGCCGAGUGAAACAUCCAAAUAUCAUCAUGCUGGUUGAGGAGAUGGAAACAGCUACUGAGCUCUUUCUGGUGAUGGAAUUGGUCAAAGGGGGAGAUCUCUUUGAUGCAAUUACCUCUUCCACCAAGUACACUGAGAGAGACGGCAGCGCCAUGGUGUACAACCUGGCCAAUGCCCUCAGGUAUCUCCAUGGCCUCAGCAUUGUGCACAGAGACAUCAAGCCAGAGAACCUCUUGGUGUGUGAAUAUCCCGAUGGCACCAAGUCUUUGAAACUGGGAGACUUUGGGCUGGCCACUGUGGUGGAAGGUCCUUUGUACACAGUCUGUGGCACACCAACUUAUGUGGCUCCAGAAAUCAUUGCUGAAACUGGCUAUGGCCUGAAGGUGGACAUUUGGGCAGCAGGCGUGAUCACGUACAUCCUUCUCUGUGGAUUCCCACCAUUCCGAAGUGAAAACAAUCUCCAGGAAGAUCUCUUCGACCAGAUCUUGGCUGGGAAGCUGGAGUUUCCGGCCCCCUACUGGGAUAACAUCACGGACUCGGCAAAGGAAUUAAUCAGUCAGAUGCUUCAGGUAAACGUUGAAGCUCGGUGUACCGCAGGACAAAUCCUGAGUCACCCCUGGGUGUCAGAUGAUGCCUCCCAGGAGAAUAAUAUGCAAGCUGAAGUAACAGGUAAACUAAAACAGCACUUUAAUAAUGCGCUCCCCAAACAGAACAGCACCACCACCGGGGUCUCUGUUAUCAUGGUUGGCUUGGCACGUCCAGUGCACGCAUCUGGCCGACUCCCAGAGUCCUAGGACGGGGGUUGUGCAGGAACCAGCAAGGCCAGGCUGAUGGGCCUGGGUGUUGGGGAUCCCCUGGCCUCUUCCCCUGGGCUCGGUGCCCUCCCUCCGGAGCAGCUGCCGCUGCUCUUCCCUCUGCUUUCUCAUCUAGAGAGGGAUUCCCGAGCCCAGGUGGGAUUUACAGCAUGAGGAAGUAACUCCCUGCCUACUCAUGGCUUCAAAAAUAGAUUCUUUGAGGUAUGAAUUAUUCUUCUGAACUUGGGAUAAGAAACAGCCAAGUUAAAUUCCAUUAAAAAAAUCAGUGUCUGAUGGCAUUCAAAAGUAUAGAACAAUGUUAAAAAAAAAUACUAGUUUUUUUGGGGUUGGUAAAAUUUUAGGAGAAGUCAGUAAUAAUGAUUCCCAUAUUUUUUCAGAGCUUUCUUCCUCCAAAAUGUUUUUUAUGGCACCUUAUCUAAGUCCAUAAACACAACAAUUUAAAAGUGGCAUUAAAGCAAGGGAAGUAACGUGAAAGUAAGUUCAGCAAAAGGGAAAAUAAGGACAGAAAAAAUAAAAUUGAGCCAGAAGUGCAGUCAGCACACCCAACACGAGCAGUGCAGGCCUGAGUCCUUCCUGAAGUGGGGCCAUAAAGCCAGCUCUGAGUGUCUCCCCUCCUUAGGGUGCCUGGGCACAAAGCAGCCGGAGUCUCGGGCUGUGAUCUCCCUUCUGCCCACCUCACUCACAGGAUUGGGAAGCAGGCAAGGGGUUGCCUUCCCAGAGCCAGAGAGCUAACGAGGGGGGCUUCAGAAUCAGACUUUCUGAGGUGACAGGUGCCUGAGUUGUUAGCGCCUUGGCCACCUUUGACCACAUUGGGUCUUAGUGGCACAUAAGGCCACCUGGGAGCCUGACAGCUAAUGAUGGGCCAUUGCCACAUCUCCAUUACUCUUGCCUCAGGACAAGCCUCUCACCCUCUGGAAAGGUUUAAUUUGUUUCCUACUCAACUGGAAGGAAAAUAGCUGCUUACUCUCAUGGCACAUUCCUAGAUAAGUCUAGAAUAGAACUUAUCUUAGAACUUAUCUAAGAAGAUGUGGGGUCCACACAGACAUUUGAGGGAAACCACACACACACCCCACCUUGUGAAUACGGGAUGCUGUGAUGUGUUUAUUGAGCAUCUGCCACCUUCUUAGCACCCGCUGGCCUGUCAUUCUCCUCUGGCCCCCAGGGGAGGCUGCAUUUAUUUGGCAGCCCUCUGUUUGUCCUUGCAACUCCCUCCCUCCUGCCCUGCUGGAAAGCACGCUCUCUCCCCCUCUCCCCUCCCCCAGACAAGGCCUGCAAACUGGGUCCUUUGACAUGUUGCAGGACUUUGGGGUGCUCUCUGCCAAAAUAAUGGGAAGGCCUCUUGAGUUGUGGUUUCCCUAGCAUUUCAGUGGUGCUCUGCUGAAAGCCUGAGAAAGUCAGAGUUGUCACAGAAUUACAGCUGAAACACUUUGAAAAGAACCAUCUUGACUGAGCCAACAGCAUGAGAACAUUUUCAAGUGAUUCACUUAUGAGAGCAAGAACUGAUGGAUGGGGUGGGAGCAUGCAGCCUUGCCGCAUGCUGUGUUAUAAGGCAGCUUCUGGGAAAAUUUGGAAAACUAAAAACAUUAAAAAUUGGUACCCUUGACAUGUAAUGAAAAACUUUAAGAAGAGUGAUUGGUUAGAAUCAAAAUGUAAUAACCAUAUAUUAAAUUUCAUAGUCUGCUAGAGGAAGAACCUUCACAGGACUGUGCCCAGGGCGUACGAGAGUGUCACCCUCAUUGCCUGGGUCACCUGUCGACUCAGAGCCCAGAUAGGAAUCAGGCCCAAAGCCUGUGACCUGCCAAGGUUCUGGAAUGACCUGGCCCUUCUGCCUUAUGGCCCAGUAGAGGCUCUUUUCUGGAUAAUGAUGUUUAGACCCCUCAGACAGAACCAAAUCAUAUGGUUUACAAAUGGCAUUUUUCCCUUGACUGAUGAAGGAGUCCAUCAGUCAAAUUUCAGACCACUGGAUUUUGUGUGAAUGAACAACCCUUUGUUAUUUGUCAUUCCAAAGGAGAUUGUAAAAGUGGUGUGUUUACAUGUGUGUUCAGUUGUCAUUUUGAGCAUGUUGGCAGAGUUCCAUCAAGCCCACGUUCCCUACACAACUCUGCAGGUUGUUAGCUUGAGAAGCUGCUGACUGAGGCCAUCACCUUCAGUCCCUACAGGAGAAAUCAAGGCAGCUUUCUCUGGAGGGGCCAAUUCUCCAUGGUCUAAAGGCCGGCCUGUGAAUUUUGGCUUGUCCCCAAAAGCAGUGGCAAGAAGGCCUCCAUGGGGUUGUCCUGCUAAUCCUCACCCAACUGAGGACCUGGCCCGGGGCACGGUUGUGUGGGGGCAGCUUGCAAUGCUUCCGUGUCGUCAUCCUCAUCCUCUUCACCAGCACUAUGUGUCUGUGUGUCCCCUCCGUGGGAACAGUUUUAAAUGUUUUUUUAUAUUAAAAAUA